GUCAUUAACACAUUACCAUAAUGUCAAAAGGAGGGAGCCUUUCUCCUUUAAAGACGAAAGCUCAUCCAGAUGCACUCUCUUUAAGCAGUAAAGAAGGGGCCAAAGUGGAUUUAAUUGAGAAUACAAUUCAGCCUCUUCAGAAGAUUCAGGAUAAUGGCUAUUAUGAAGGCACUGUGUCAUGUUUCAUAUGUUAAGUGGGGUGAAACUGAACACACCUUUGGCCCGUGUGACUGCUGUGCAUGUGAAUGAUGCAAGGGAGCCUUGAUGGACAAUUAAAGACAAUUCACUGACAAAUGACACAGGAGACAGGAUGUCUGACCACAUGUUAAUUAGGUUACCCUAUUCUGGGCUACAGCAUUCAAUUUGCCCAAGGUGAAACAUUUUAUUAGUACUGUUACUUUAAUAUAUUAGUUUCCAGUAUUAUCUGUGAACAUGACUGAGCAAAAAGAUAUUAUGAUGUUGUUCUUAUAGAUGUGUAUACAAAUAUUUUUCUAAGCCCGCCUACUCAUGGCAAAUGGAGCAACAUUUGGCAACUUUGUUUUUCGAGCAAAGACUUCUGCAUUUCUCAGUACCAGAGACUUGACCUAACCUUUUAGAAGAAUAAAAACCCCUUGGUUCAUCACUAUGCAAUUUAAAAUUCAGUUUGUUUUAUUAAAACUGAUAGCGAUUACACAUUUGCGGGUAAUUAUAUGUAAAAUUAUUAUCAAAGACAUCUGGGUAAAUGUAGGCGUAGGAAUUCACUGCAGCGCUUAAAGGAUUUGUGAGAGGUUUUUUAAAAGCUUGCACACAUGGUAUCUUGCCACACAAGAUGACAUGAAUUACAGUGUUGGCAAUGACUGUAGGAAGUGAGGAGAAACUGUCGAGGUCACACAGAGGCGCUGCAAUUCGCAUCUGGUGUUAAACUAUUUUGAUGGCUCUAUUUGUGUGUUUAUUGAGGUGAUCAUUCAGUGAGCUCAUCCCAUGCCAGGGAUCUCAUGGGUAGAUAGAACAAUAGUUUUUAGAAUAGACUGAUCGGGAAAUAAAUUAAUCGAAAUCUGUACGUUGAAAACGCAAUGCCAAUAUAUUCUAAGGGGCCGUUCACACCUAAUGCGUCCGUGCGCUAAAAUAACUACACGCAGCGCCAAGCAUAGAGCAAAACGCUGGUGUCUGGAGGCACGUUUGUAACCGUUUAUGUUAUUUUUUAACUUGACAUGUCUAAAAAAAAAAAAAAAAAAAAACUGCGAAACGCUAAUAAACCGUCUAGCGUAUUUUACAUAAGAUUACAACUGAAAAACCGCGCGGACGGAAAAACGAAUUUUAUUGGGGGAGUGGUUUUGUAGCUUUGUUUUCUCACCUAUUUUUAUUUUAUUUUUAUUUAUUUAUUUAUUUUCAAAAAUUACAUUUCAUGAAAUCAGUCACAAUAAUAUGCUUCCCAGAAAAAAAAAUUGAUAGUGACGCGUAAUUUAAAACAGCUUAAAUGUUUAAAGCUUAAAUUUUUCAUUUUGUGAUUGCCUCAACAAAUGCAAUUUUCUCGUACAGAAAUGAAAUGAAAAAAUACGUUGUUCAAAACCCAUACAGCAAAAAAUGAGAAAAUGUGUUCAUUUAAUAAUCGCUGGCAAGACACUGAAUGGCGACUGAGCCGUAGGUUCCACACACCAACACACAAAUAGCCGCUGGAUGAAUCUGAAAUGCGGCUAUAUGGAGUUCAAGUGUGUAACCUGAGCAUAAGGUCAAAUACACUCACUCCUCCUUCCUUCCCGUGCAGUGCCUCUCUACUGUUUAUUUGCACGCGGAAAUUCCUUUCCGUUUUUGUGAAUGACAAACUUAUUACCAAUUCAUCAACACACUCUGUUCCACCCUGCCCCGUUUCCACGGCGACGAUUGCUCGGCGCCCUCUGAUUGGCUGGCCGUCUUAAGGUAUAGAUUGAAACGCCUCGCGCUUGGCGCUUGUAUUCAUUCACUAGCUGGCUACGAGAGCGGAGGACACAGUGCAGCCUUCUCCGAACAAGAAAAAAAUAUCGAAAGGAAAUAAAUCUACAAGCCGAUCUUCAAUCGAUAUUCGCCUGGAUUUCUCAAACGAUUUGCGUAUAGAAAAAAUAAAAUAAAAAAAACAAUAGAAGUCGAGAGAAAAAGAGAGGUUAUAUAACAGGAAGAAAACGUCAGUGGCUGUAGCUCACUCGCUGACUAGUGUGAGUCAUUGAUAAAUGCACAGACAUCCUUAGCACUGUUGCAUGAAUGGGCUGGAAGUUGAGCGAGUCUGCGCUUGACUCUCGAACCGAAACCCAAGAAUUUCAACCAUCAACCGAGCGUCAUAUGAACUAUUCCUGGCGUUUGGCUCUAUAACAAGAUACUUUCAUAGCGUUUCUCACGAGAGAAUCUCAAUGCUUCAGGCCUGAGAUAUCUACGGCCUUUUGCAGCACGUCUACUCCGCAGUUUCAGCUCUUUACGGUACGGUAACCGCUAUUUUACUAAUGCUCGAUAAGUUCAAACCCGUGCAUUUGUAUUCGGUCAUGGCUAUAAGCAAGACAGUAGAGUGGCUGAAGGAGCAUCUGGUGACGCGCAAGGACUGUUUGCUGGUAAUGGACUGCCGAGCGCAAGAGCUAUACGAGUCGUCGCACGUCGAAACGGCCAUUAAUGUGGCCAUCCCGAGCCUCAUGCUCCGGCGACUGAAGAAGGGCAACCUGCCCAUAAAGUCUCUGCUUUCUAACGGGGAAGACCGUGAGAGAUUCGCGCGGAGGUGCAAGACGGAUACUAUCGUGUUGUAUGACGAGUACAGCCGAGAGUGGAAUGAAAAUAUCGACGGCGGCUCUGUGUUGGGUUUACUGCUGAGGAGAAUGAAGGACGAGGGUUACAAGGCUUUCUAUCUUGAAGGUGGUUUCAGCACAUUUCAAGCUGAAUAUCCCACGUUGUGCGAGACGAACCUCGACGGUUCUUCCAGCAGCAGUUCACCGACCUCCCAAGUCCUCGGACUCGGAGGGCUCCGGAUCAGCUCCGACUCUUCGGACAUCGAGUCGGAUAUCGACAGAGACCCGAGCAGCGCCACCGACUCGGACGGCAGCCCCCUGUCCAAUCCUCAACCCUGCUUCCCAGUGGAAAUCCUGCCGCAUCUGUAUUUGGGUUGCGCGAAGGACUCCACGAACCUGGAUAUUCUGGAAGAGUUUGGCAUCAAGUACAUCUUGAACGUGACUCCUAAUCUGCCCAACAUGUUCGAGAACGCCGGAGAGUUUAAGUACAAGCAGAUUCCCAUCUCUGAUCACUGGAGCCAGAAUCUCUCCCAGUUUUUUCCCGAAGCCAUCAGCUUCAUUGAUGAAGCCCGUGGACAAAAAUGUGGUGUGCUUGUUCACUGCCUGGCAGGUAUCAGCCGCUCCGUCACCGUGACGGUGGCCUACCUCAUGCAGAAGCUCAACUUGACCAUGAACGAUGCUUACGACAUCGUCAAGAUGAAGAAAUCCAACAUCUCCCCUAACUUUAACUUCAUGGGCCAGCUCUUGGACUUUGAGCGUACUUUGGGCCUCAAGAGUCCUUGCGACAACCGCAUGGCAGCUCCAUCCCCAUUGUACUUCACCACACCGACCAACCACAACGUCUUUCAGUUGGAUCCACUUGAGUCCACGUGAGGUUUUGCCACGGAGACCCCCUUUCGGCUCUAAAAGUGUUUGAAACAUGGGUUUCUUUUUUUCUACGCCUGUCAAGGGGUUCCUCAUGUUAUUGAUAGAGUUGGCUUGAGAUGACAGCAGACCAGAGUAGCCACUGAUGGGGCAUGUGGUGUGCCCAGAGCUUAUAAGAUGCUGUUUAAUGGAGAGAGAACAGACAUUAUCUGGGACUCUGUUUCUCCAGGACUCUAUAAAUUAGUUCUUGUUAUAUAUAUAUAUGUAUAUAUAUAUACACACACACACACUACCGGUCAAAAUUUUUGAAACACUUGACUGAAAUGUUUCUCAUGAUCUUAAAAAUCUUUUGAUCUGAAGGCAUAUGCUUAAAUGUGUGAAAUUAGUUUUGUAGACAAAAAUAUAAUUGUGCCACCAUAUUAAUUUAUUUCAUUAUAAAACUAACAUUUUAUAAAAAUAAAAAAAAGUUUUUGAAAUUGAUGACUUGGACCAAAUAAUAAAGAAAAGCAGCCAAUAAGUGCCCAACAUAGAUGAUAACUCCUUCAAUACUGUUUAAAAAGCAUCCCAGGGUGAUACCUCAAGAAGUUGGUUGAGAAAAUGUCAAGAGUACAUGUCUGCAAAUUCUAGGCAAAGGGUGACUAAAAGUAGUCAUGCUAUCUAGAAGAUGCAAAAAUAUAACACAGUUUUGAAUUAUUUUGGAUUUUGUUUAGUCACAACAUAAUUCCCAUAGUUCCAUUUAUGUUAUUCCAUAGUUUUGAUGACUUUACUAUUAUUCUAAAAUGUGAAGAAGAAAAAAAUUAUUAUGAAGUAUAAGUGUUUCAAAACUUUUGACCGGUAGUGUAUACAUAUAUAUAUAUUCAAGCAUGGAAAGACUGGCAACUGUGGAAAGAACUUAUGUGGAUGUUCAAUUUACUACAACUGGGGCUGGUGUGCCAAAGAGACUUUACUGGAAUUGAACAAUUACAAAUACUCUUUGUUUUGUUUAGCACUUGCACCUUCAAAUUUUUUAAGGUGUGCUCUAACCUGUCUUCAAUGAAGACUUGCCUGUUUUGGGACAAUAUUCCCUCGGUAAUGAUGGCAGAGUAUACUGUACUCCAACUUAUUUGUGUGGAGAAAUUUUAGAAACAUUUAUACAUGUUAAUAUUAAAGAUGUUUGUAAGCCCUGCCGUAGUAAGAAUAUAUAUAUAUAUAUAUAUAUGUUUCAAAGGAACGGCUGUAGAUUUUCUUCUUCUUUUGUCCUUCUUAUGUAAGCAAACUGAAUAUUGAUCAAUAUUAUCUUUAUCGAUGAGUUACAUGCCAAAUAUGUUAACAGGUUUUGCAAGAUCAUUAAUGUGUAUAUGUAUAUUAUAUUUCCUUAUUUUGCUUUAUGGAUACAUUCAGCCUUUCUCAGCUUUUUAACCACCAACACAAAUCAAAGUCAUCGGUAUCUCUUGCCUUAGUUCUGUAUAAAGUGUUAUUGUGCAUUAUUUUUCAAGAGCAAUUCCCCAGACUGGACUAUACGAACUUGCACGCUCAGAAAGGUUGUCCAAACUUGUGUGUGUAUGUGUACAAGGCAUUCUUCGAAUGCUACUUGGCGGGGUUUCAAGAUGCAUUCUCAUGUAGGACCCGUUCACCUUUAUACUACUUGUUUUUUUUUUUUUUUUCUGGGGACAUCUAAAGGUAAAAGCAAGUAAUGCUGGAUACGAGGUCUGUGAGAGAUUUUUUGUCUCUCCUCUUCAGGAAAGUUUUGUGACAUGCAGUUUUUUGUGAGAGAAGUGACUGAAAUGGUUUUUAGCAGGUUUUGUUGUUUAGGCCUGUUUAGGGGGAGGGGAUAUUUUACAAAACCACUCCCCCAAAAUUACGAAUGUAAAGAAAUGAUAAGUUAUUAAUAAAUUGCUAUUUUGUCUAUUCAAAU